AUGGUCUCGAGUAGCUCAAAGCGCAAAGCCGAUCUCCAACAGCAGCAAGGCACUGCGGGCCAGAAUAAUCGAGGCUCCAUGUCUUACCCCUACCAACCUUACGACGCCCAGCAAACGGCGAACCCGCCGCCACAGCCCAUACCUUGUCACUCUUCAUCGCACCACUUUGGUAUGGGCCACUCACAGACUGCCAACCCACAUUCAUCGCCGCAGAACGCAACAGCUGGCGAGCCCGAUGGAUAUUGGUAUCAGCCGGCGGCACAGCAGCAAAUGGACUGGAAUGCAACUUUGCCUUCUCAGCCUUAUGUAGGGAGCGGGAAUGAUUUCAGCACCGCACAUCCUGACCCCGCCAUGGGUGAUGCGAUUCCCAGCGCUUACUAUUCGUCAAGCAUGCAGUCGGCCUCCACAGGUUUCUCAGUUGGAACUCCGUCAUCCCAGGACUUUGGCCACAUGGGCGCUUGGAAUCCACAUGGAACCAACUUUGACAUCGUACCAGCUCAAGAGGAUCCCCGCGGCCGUAACCCAAUACAAUUGAACUUGCAAAAUCUCCCUGCGAGAUCCGAAAGAUCGAUGUCGACUCAUGUCAAUAGACCUAGCAGGUAUGAGUUUCCUCCAACAACUCGGGAUCUCUCUAACUGA